UCAAUUUCGAAAGCAAUUUGGGGGUUUUGUAUACACAGCAAAGCACCUUAUAGCCUACUGGAGGUGUGGUUUAAUGUUGCAUAUAAAAAUUCUGGUUUUCAUAUGUAGCCUUAUUAAAUGUAUUCACUUUAUUGACAUUUCAAUCCACAACACACAUAGGGUUGGGUGGAAUGAAUGUUCGCAGACAUUUUUGCUCUGUGUGACGUACCUUAACAUGACUUGCAACUGGCUUUCAUAGCUCUCUCAAUAGGAUUAUACUCGAUCCCUCAUUUAACCUCAAAGCAGCUCUGCUAUACCAGUGUUAGAAAGAGCAGACGCACCAGCUGCACAAAGACUGCCCUUGUGCUCCAGAAACUGGCUCAAUGUGACAUCAGCAGUGGCUGGCACAUGCUAACCAAACAAUAUUCACAUAUACUCGCCAUAGUUAAAAACUUUGGAGAAAAAAUAUGAAAUGUACCCAAGUUAUGAGAAACCGGAUAUCUGAUCAACACCACUGCAUGAAACCCCGAGACAUUAGAGUUAACAGAUUCAUGAGAGUGUCUGUCCUUUCUGUUAACCGUCUCACAAUGACGUCCAUUGAGCGUAGUGACUAACAGUUGCCCAUAUAAUAGGAGCGACUGCUCGCCUGGUCAACAAUUGUCUGUCGCUGCGCACACACGUACCAAUUGAGCGUUUGUGUACAAACACUUAGGAUAAUAGAUGCUGGGCAGAAGAGCUGGUCAGCGUGGAUAAGAUCACAAGAGGAAUGAUUGAGGAACACAAGGGCCAGAAACACUUUCAACGGUAAACUAAUCAACUGAAACAACAUCUAAAUUAAAUCAUAAAGGAGGCUGACAGGAAGUGACUGUGCAUCUGAAAACCGUUGAGCAUCACUGCUUCAGUUCAUUGUUCAACAUCCAGCUCCCCGGACGAGCUCCUCAAGCAAGGCCUUAUAUCUACUUCCAUAUCAACACGUUGUUUCACAGAUUCACAAUGGACAACAACACCAUCUCAGACCUCAAUAUUUCAACAGCAUCGCCAUCUAGCAUGCCUCCAACCGGAGCUUCAGAGAUCAUCUGCUUUAUUGAUGCCCAGCUGGCGUUCAUAGUGACCGCUUCUGCUGGUGCCGUCAUUCUGAUCCUUCUAACCACCACUAUAGUGCUGGCGUGCUAUGUCUCCAAACUGACUCGUCGCCAUCGGGCCCCUCGUCCAUCACGAAGCAACGCCGACUUAGUGAGCGGGACGGGUUACUGGGGAACCGACAAAAGAGAGGGAGGCAUAGUGGGCCCGUGUGAAACCAGCGUUCUUCUGGAGGAAGUGAAGACUGAUGGAGAAGAAGAAGAGGUUCAGGAUGGAGAGGCCGAUUCGAGCCAGUACAUCUCUACAACAAACAGCGCUCAUAACUCUGAAAGUGUCCCACCAACCAUCCAGAGCUCAUCAUCAAGAGAUUCCUGCAUAAAUCCUAUAAACUUGGAGAACAUGCCUCUAAUGGUUUAAAGCAUUAUGCAAUGGGUUUUUUUUUGUGAGGUGUGAUGUCAGCUGUCUGCCGGAAAUCAGUGUGAUAUUGAACCAGCAGAAGGUUAAAAAUAUAUUCUUUACUUUCAACUCAAACGUUCAGAAAAAAAGAUCUUAAAUAAAUUAUUUGAAUAAUGUUUUUUAUAAUGGCGAAAGCACAACAUUACAAACUUCCUUUAGCAGAUUGUAUAACAUAUAUUUGAACUAGCAACUAACUAUGAAUGUGUUGAACUUGGCAAAUUGUCUGGAAAGAAGCAAAAGAAUGUAGAUUUGAUGGCAAAACCAAUGAGUUUUGACAAUGGACAAAGGCAAAAAAAGAGAAAUCCAAUUAUGGAAUUACUUUUUUGAGAAUAACACAAUGUGUCCAGCAUUAGGCUAUAAAUUUGAGGGCAACAUAAUAAUUGUAUAUAUAUUUUUAAGACCGUUAAACAGUAAAGCAAAGCGGUUUCAAUUCUUGGAACCCUUGAGCAUUCUGACUGUUUGAAAGGCCUCAAAAACAAUUUUUUACUUCUCAUUCUCUGACAUCCAAUACUUUACUCCCUAUUUGUACUUCAACAAAAUAAAAUGCUAACGAUAAAAACGAUUGUACCUAAUUUUCUUAAGAUAAAGAACUGUCCUUCAUCAUAAGUCACUGUACGAAUUGUUUCUUUUCUUAUUACAAUUAAAUUCCAUUGUUAAGAUUCACAUACACAAGGACGUUUUCAGGAUUACGAAAACAGUCAUGAGAUCAUACCCCUUCAGACAACUUCUGCUGCUCUGCUAAAAAUAUUCUUACACGAUGUGCAAAUCUAUAAAGUCAUUUCUUAUAAAUAAAAUUGUUAAAUCACUUAAACAGUAAAUAAUGAAACUCAUAUACUGAUUCAGAAAAUGCCCUUGUCGCAAAAAGCAUCUGUUUUCACACUGUUACCACAGACAAAAAACUGCUUUUAGCAACAAAACACAAAUGCACCCAUAUCGUAGCUUUCAUUUCCUGUUGAGUAAAAGUUCCGUAUUCACCAGCAAACACUUCAGUCUUCAGCAAAUGCUUCUGAGGCGGUCGGGGUGUUCCGACAAGAUAUCUUUAUAAACAAAAUGAGGAUUGUUUCAUGCCCACUUGUCGUCGUCUUCGUCUUCUCGCUACCAUGGAGACUAAACAGUAAAGUAACACCAGCUAUUAAUAUCAUGAGGAACAACGAGCAUAUCACAGAACACCAGAUGCUUACACAUGUAGCAGAAGGGCAAACAGGAUUCAGUCACUACUCUACUGAUGCUGGAAAAGAAAACGUGGUUUCACUUUCAAGCGUUCAGACGCAACACCUCACAAGUGAAUCAGAGCGGCGUAUCAGCGUAAAGACUUCCAGAGCUUAUGAAGUGAAUCAGAGGACAAGAAGAAAUAUAGAUGGAAAUGGACACAACUUGACAUCCCUGAUGCAAACACAACCGGAAGAAACAACUUUAAAAAAGGAACUACCAAGCAGCCUCACACCGCAAGCUAUCCUUAGUACAACAGAAUUUACAUCAAUUCAUCCACCAACCAACAUUUCUUCUUUUGAGAAAACGAACAGCAAAAGGGUUUUGGAUACGACGGAAAAGAAGUCACAGGAGACCACAGAGGACAUACCACCUUCAACUACAAACGAGCAUCCAAACGUAACCGAUGUGGAAGGCAACAAAACCAGCACAAAUGGUGAUCUUCAUACCCCUCAGUCGACAAAGGACACUACAGUCCAGUCUAGCCCCACGACACCGACAAAGGACACUACAGUCCAGUCUAGCCCCACGACGCCGACAAAGGACACUACAGUCCAGUCUAGCCCAACGACACACAAUCAUACCUUUACAGUAAGACCCGUGAUAGAUUUCAAUGAGACGAAGAGUAUGAAAACCACAGAGAAAGAAGAAAUUAAGACUGAAAGGCCAACUGGAUUUGACGUAAAGACAUCUACGAGCAAGCCGGUGGAGAUAUUCACAACAACUCUGAAGACCACCACGAAGAGUGCAAUUCUUGCACCGAACAACAAGCAGGGGAAAAACCCUGGAAAGACUGUGGCUGCAAUAAUAGGCACCACUUUUGUAUUGAUGUUCAUAGCCAUCAUAUACAUUUUGGUACGAAAACGAAAAUUACAAAAACAGCAGCUAGACAAUCCUGAGUGGGCCGGACCCUCGCCGUUCCUGGAAGGUGACUUUCAACCUAACCUGCCGAAUUAUGAGGAGUCUGAGUCCGUCGAUAGGCAAGGCUUCGGCCAGAUCACCAAAUACCUUCCCCAACGGCUCUCCAAACAUCUGACGUUUCGGAAGGACAUCAACGAGGAAGUGUUCAUGGGGGACAUACUGCAAGGAAGCAGCACAUUUGGCAAUCAUUAUCAGGAAGAAGUCCAAGCAUCCAAUGGGGAACCAACACAAGUUAAAGAUGCACCAAAGACAGAAGAAAAUGAAAACCAAGGCGCGACAUCUGGGGACUCCGUAGACUCCAAAAGCCCAACGGUCACGGUGGAUAUUAAAGAACCAGCCCAUCAGAAUGAUAAUCUCAAUGCGACUCCAUCUCAAGACACUUUAGUUAAAACAAUCCCACCCUUGGUGUCUAUAGAUCUUGAUUCUCUUUCAGAAGAAACAGCUCCUUCCAAAACAUUUGAAGUUGGGAACUUUCCUACGGCUCCAUCCCUGCCCUAAUCUUGAUGAAGAUCUUCAAAGCAUAUAAAAGCACUCAAUGGAGAAAAAGAUAAAGAUACAACUAAUAAAGAUGCAACUAAUCAAAAAUUCAUAUAUUCAAAGCUUUUGCUUGAACCAAACAUUUCUUGGCCAUCAUUGACUACCACAGUUGGAAAAAAAGACAAUGGUCGUCAAAAGUGCCCUGAACUGUUUGCUUUCCUACAUUCUUCAAAAUAUCCUCUCUUGUGUGUCACAGAGCAUUUUUUUUCCUACUAUAGUAGUCAAUGGUGGGAUGAGAAAGGCAAUAAUAACAAAACAUAUGUCUGUAUAUUACUGCAUUGCUGCAGUCACUGGGUGCCGACCUAAAACGCUGAAUACAAGCAGCUACUGUCAACCACAUAAUUGCAGAGCUCACACCACUAAUUCCUUUAAAAAUAUAUUGUAACUACUCCGUUUGUACCCUACUUAUAUUCUGCUGUAAAAUAAUGCAAUAUUGUGUUACCACAUGUUUUAAAAUGCAAUGUGCAUGUAGCACAUUCAGCAAAGUAAAGUUUUUAAUCUGAUGAAAACAAAUUGUCUGUAACAUUUAUCAUCUGUAUCUGUAUGACUGUAUCUCAUCGGUGGUAUCAUUUUGUUAUAUCCCAUUGCUUUGAAACAAACCAUGUUACUGAAUGACUACCAUUUUCAUAUAACAGUAAAAGGUCCCGUUGUUAAACUCACAAGUCAGUGCCAGUGCAACUAAAAGACUCCCAAACUGUCCAGGGAUCGAUGAUUAACACUACACUAGGUAGAAAGCAAGUACAGAUGAUUACUGUGUGCACAGGGAUGCCUGAUCUGUGCAACGCGUGCAGCAGAAGUGAGAGAGGAAAUGUCACACCAGAGUCAUAUCGGGACAAAAAUAACACAACUAUUUCUUGCCUUUUGAUUUACCACAAAGCUAACAUUCUCUCCAUCCGGUGGGAUUUCAGCCAACGUUUAGUGGCUGCAGAACUUGAUGUGAAUAACUAACCUGUUAAAUCUAGUAGUCAGUAGGUAUCUACUUCUUUAUAUCUACUUCUAAUACUAGCCCACUGUCACAUUAAACAGUGUAUUAUCAACAGAUAUAUUAAAGGAAUAGUUAAAUAAAUAGACAAUUUUGUCAUCCUUUACUCACCCUGAGGUUUUUCCAAACGCCAUGGGGGAUGAGAUCUGUUUGGUUACUGACAUUCUUCCAAAUAUCUUCCUUUGUGUUCACCAGAACAAAUAA